AUGACAAUGGAGAACAAAAGACUUAAAUCCCGUCAUCACGACGAUCCUCAAGAUGAUGAUGGCAUGUUUCAGCCUAAACACGCGCCAUGGUGGGUAAAAGAUCCCUUCAAAUCAUUCAUUAUUUUCGCAGUUUUCUUUUCCGGAUCUGUUCUGUUCUCUAUGUUGAAUCAUCGAUCAAUUGACAUCAGGAUAGUUGGUGGUUUCAAUCCUCUCAAAGCAGAUCAGGGAGAAAAUCAGCCACGAGAAGUUGCCGCAGAACCUGAAGAAUUGGACAAUGGAUCAUCUCUGGCUCCAGAUGAAGCCGAUGAAGCCGAAGAAAGCAUUCCAUCGGUUGAGGAACCACAUGUUAACGAUCUUGGUGGCCUAAUUGCUGAAGGAUUUGAUGAGAAAUCAUGUCUGAGUAGAUAUCAGUCACCCUGGAAAAACAAAGGCCAACAACAACAUCAACCUUCUCCGCACCUCAUCUCUAAAUUAAGAAACUACGAAGCUCUCCAUCGACGAUGCGGGCCUCACACAGAAUCUUUCAGAAAAGCCUCGGAGUAUAUCAACUAUAGCAUUCACAACAACAACAGCAAUCACAGCAGUUCUUCAGACUGCCAGUAUAUAAUCUGGACACCAAAAAAUGGGUUAGGAAACCAAAUGAUGAGUUUGGUUUCUGUUUUCCUUUAUGCGCUCCUGACACAGAAAGUCCUCCUUGUUAAACCUCAACCUCACAUUUCUGACCUUUUCUGUGAACCAUUCCCUGGUACUUCAUGGCUGAUUCCAUCUAGUUUUCCACCAAUCAAUCUGACCUUUGGUAAGGAUUCUCCCAGGACUUACGAUUAUUAUAACCUUAAGUGGGAGAAACCCGGGUCAGUAAUUCCGGCCUAUGCUUAUCUGUACUUAGCCCAUGACUGUAAUGAAGAGGACGCGCGUUUCUUCUGUGAUGAGGAUCAGACAUUUAUCCAAAAAGUACCCUGGCUCAUCAUAAGAUCCAAUCAGUAUUUUGUGCCUUCUCUUUUUCUGAUGCCAUCUUUUCAGAAGGAACUCAGCGAGCUGUUUCCGGAGAAAGAAACCGUCUUCCAUUUCUCAGGCCGGUAUUUAUUUCAUCCAGUGAACCCUGUUUGGAGUUCUAUCACCUCAUACUACAAGGCUAAUCUAGCAGGAGCAGAUGAAAAGAUUGGUAUCCAAGUUAGAAUCUUUAAAACCGAUCCUGAUCUUUUCGAUAAAAUUUUGCAACAGAUUCUAGCCUGUGUAAUCAAGGAGAAUGAUCUGUUACCUCAAAUCAUCGACGAGACCAAGAAGCCUGGAACUGAUGCAUUACACAAAUCCAACAGGACUAAAGCUGUCCUAAUCACAUGUCUUGACGCUAGAUACUCGAAUGCGAUUAGAAAGAUGUACGAGGAAAAAACAACUCAGACAGGCGAAAUCAUUCGGGUUUUCCAGCCAAGCAACGAGAUGAGACAAAAGUGUACAGAUCUGGUUCAUAGUAUGAAAGCCCUGACAGAUAUAUAUUUGCUAAGCUUGACAGAUAAAUUGGUGACGAGCUCAAUAUCGACUUUCGGUUAUGUUGCUCAAAGCCUAGGAGGUUUGAAGCCAUGGAUUCUUCACAGGCCUGAAGAAUAUAACGCCUCGAAUCCAGGUUGUCAACGUGCCGUUUCAAUGGAACCAUGUUACCUGGCUCCGCCAACGCUGGAUUGCAAAACUCGUGGAACGGUCGAUAAAGGUAAAAUUGUUGGUUAUGUAAGGCAUUGUGAGGACAGGGCCAAGGGUCUUAAACUGAUUGACAAAGAUGAUGAGCCUUGAUGAACAUUUUUCAUUCAAAUGUAAUAGCCCUAGCUAUUAAAAAUAUUCAUCUGU